AUGCUGUACGCGGGUUGUUGUGUGUCCUGCGGGCACGGGGUGUUUAAAACGGGGAGUUUACAAGGGUCUGAGAGGACAGUAGCCUGUGCGAGACGGCGGGAUCUGGUUUUCAAAAUGGAAUUGCAGCUGGCGCUCCUUUUUGCAGGGAUAAUUGCAUUUUCGGACUCGGCGAGAGGCCCCCCAAGGAUCUCUGAUAAAGUGAUUCACCGCCAGUCCGUGAGGCUGGGCAGGACCAUCAAGCUCCUGUGCCCAGUGGAAGGCGACCCCCCACCCCUCACCAUGUGGAUGAAGGAUGGACGGACUAUCCACAGUGGCUGGACGAGGUUCCGAAUCCUCCAGCAAGGGCUGAAAAUCAAGGAGGUGGAGAGCGAAGAUGCGGGGACCUACAUCUGCAAAGCCACCAAUGGCUUCGGCAGCACCAACGUGAACUACACCCUCAUCGUCAUCGAUGAUGCCAGCUCUGGAAAGGACAGCCAGGUGCCUGAAGGCUCCAAUGGAGAAUAUGAAGAUCAUUCUGGGAAGCAGUGGGCCCGGCCCAGGUUCACUCAGCCUGCCAAGAUGAGGCGGAGAGUGAUCGCCCGCCCCGUCGGCAGCUCCAUCCGCCUCAAGUGCGUGGCCAGCGGCAACCCCAGGCCUGACAUCACAUGGCUGAAGGACAACAAGCCCCUCACUCCCCAGGAGAUUGGGGAGAACAAGAAGAAGAAGUGGACGUUGAACCUGAAGAACCUGAAGCCAGAGGACAGCGGGAAGUACACCUGCCGGGUGUUUAACAAAGUUGGAGAAAUCAAUGCAACGUACAAAGUUGAAGUGAUCCAGAGGACGAGGUCCAAGCCCAUCCUGACAGGGACACACCCCGUCAACACCACGGUGGACUAUGGUGGGACCACCUCAUUCCAGUGCAAAGUGCGCAGCGACGUCAAACCCGUCAUCCAGUGGCUGAAGAGGGUGGAGUAUGGCACGGAGAGCAAGUACAACUCCACCAUCGAUGUCGGGGGACAGAAGUUCGUCGUGCUGCCCACGGGGGAGGUCUGGUCCCGCCCAGAUGGUUCCUACCUGAACAAACUGAUGAUUACUCGAGCCAAGGAGGAGGAUGCAGGGAUGUACAUUUGCCUCGGAGCCAACACCAUGGGCUACAGCUUCCGGAGUGCUUUUCUCACAGUCCUGCCAGAUCCCAAGCCUCCCAGCGCACCUGUGCCCCCUUCCGCGGCCAGCAGCCUGCCCUGGCCCGUGAUCAUCGGCAUCCCUGCUGGAGCUGUCUUCAUCUUCGGGACCAUCCUGCUGUGGCUGUGCCAGUCCAAGAAGAAGCCCUGCUCCCCUCCAGCCUCUGCCCCCGUGCACCGCCCGCAGCCCCGCGACAGGAUCUGCGUCGCCCAGGUCCCCGACAAAGACUGCAUCUCCUCCAUUAACUACGAGGAAUAUGUGGCCCAGCAGCAGCAUUUACUGUCCCAGGGGCCAGCCCUUGCCCCUGCCAUGGCCUCCAAAAUGUACCCAAAGAUUUACACGGACAUCCACACCCACACCCAUUCGCACGUGGAAGGCAAAGUCCACCAGCACCAGCACAUUCAGUACCAGUGCUAA